AUGAUGUUCUCGUUUCAUGCAAUCGUGCUCCUAGGCUUCUGGUGUCGCGCUCUCUUUGCCUACGCACAUCCGCUCGACCGUCGCCAGGCGCCAGCCAUAGAAAACGCCUUCAACCUCUACGCAUAUGGUGAUUCUAUCAGUGGACUCUCUGUCUACUACGCAGAUGGUAAAGGUGUUCCACAAUUAUUACCUACAAAUUCUGAAAAGCGCACAGGAAAAGCAGAGGUCGGCGACUGGACCCGUUCAACUGCCAAAGUCGCGUAUCCGGUCUACUUCACCACAUCUUCGUCUUCCUCAGAAACCUGGAUCGCACACGCCAACACGACCGGGCUCGGCGACGCUUCGUAUGCCGAUACCGUCCUCUCGCUCCCGUCGCUCGACUCUUUCGACGGAACCGUCCAGUUCAAGCCGAAGGCUAGCUCCGCAUCCUCAGCCAACGUCUUCGCUGUCUACGGUAAUUACGUCCUGAUUGAAGCGGAGGAUGCGAACUUCUACGCGGUUCCCACCAGGACAGAGGGAGUGUACUCGUUGACCUGGAGUGCCGUGGGCUCGGACCAGAUUGCUGUUAUUCUGAGGACUAUUGCACCGGCUACGGAUACUCUCCUUUGA